UGCAGUCCGUGCCUCCCUGCGCCGUUCGUCGCGUCGUUCUGGUGUGCGGUUCGCGGCAGGGAAAGGUCAGCCGCAGCCCGCGGCCGUGCCUCCCCCUCUCCACCCCUGACUCCACCGUGGCUGUCCCUCCCUGCCUGCCUGUUCGCCACCCCACUUGGUAUUCAGCCAACAGCCAUUCAUUUCAGGAUGGCUGGGACAGAGGGGCAGGCUGCUGUGGAUGCCCAAGUGCCUGCAAGUGAUAACCAAAGUGAGUCUGUGUUUCACCUUAAGAGAAAAUCAAAUGACAUUGGAUGGAAUUGGGGCAGCCUAUGUGAUCCAAAUGACAAGAAUAGAAUGAAGUGCCUACUUUGUGGCAAUGAGAAUAGUGGAGGCAUUAAUCGAUUCAAACAGCACCUUGCACAUGAAGGGACUACAGUGGUCCAUUGCACCAAAGUGACUGAUGAAAUUAAAAAAAAGUGCAAAGAAGAUCUUGACCGACCAAAAAAGAAGAAAAUGGAGAAGCAGAGGGCAGAGGCAGAUCUGAGAGAAGAUGUGGUAAUUACAGGGAGUAGAGAAGGAUCAGAUGCUGAAUCUAAGGCUGCAAGCUCAUCAGGUGGUUCCCCAACUCAAAAACUAGGUCCCAUGGAUCGAUGGACACGACCUAUUAAUCCUAAAGCAACCAAAGAAGAAGCCAAGAGGCAACAAAGUUUAAAUGAAGCACUUUGGAAGGAGAGGACACAUCAAGUGCAUCAAUAUAUUGCUAUAUGGGUAUACACUCAUGGUAUACCAUUCAAUGCAGUUGACAAUGAUGAGUUCAUAGAGAUGGUUAAGGCCAUUGGUUGCUUUGGUCCUGGUUUGAGACCUCCUUCUCAAUAUGACCUUCGAGAGAAAUUGUUGAAGGAGGAGCAUGCAAGAAUGAAAACUUUGCUGCUGGACCAUGAAGAAGAAAAGAACAAGAAUGAAAUCUUAUGA